GCCGAUCGGAGUCGAAUUCUCCGCUCACGCCAUCAAAUUCUGAAGCACAGAGAACGAAGCGAUUCUCCUCCAUUGCCGGAUGGAAGGAAUUAGCAGUUUUGGCGUUAGUUUCAGUUUCCGAUGAUUCUGUUUGAAGAUGAAGGAAGAACUUCAACUCCGUUGCAGAAAGGGAUAUCGAAGCAAAGUAAGUAGUAGUCUGUUCGCUAUGGAGAAGAAGUUGCGUCGUUCUGUUGAAUCCUCGACGGACGAAUUCGUUUUCUCUGCUGUAAAACUAAGUCUCAAGUCAUCAAAGCACACGCUAAAAAUCAUAAUUCAUGGCGAGAAUCACUGAUCUCUCAGUCACUCCGUUUCUUGCUCUCCCGAUCGUUGACGCAAAAGGAAGUAGGUGGAUGUGCACAAGGUUUAUAUGCUUCGCGAGGCAUUUUCUUUGUUUGAUUUUAAAGGAUGCAAAUUCAAAUGUUUGUCAAAAUUCAUUGCAUCUACUUUUGGAUAUAUUUCCUCUUGAAAAUCCAGAUGCUACAAAAGAGCUGAAAGUGUUUGAUAGACAGUUCUUUUUAAUAGUUCUCAUGGAUGAAAGUCCAGAUGUGAGAGUUGUAGCAGUUGAAGGUUGAGGCAUUUGAUGCUGGACAAUUCUCUUUCGGUAAGGAUAGCUCUAGCAGAUCUCCUCCUCCUCAUCAGGGAUGUUCGUGAUUUCCAGUUUAACAAGGUGGUUAGUUUGGAUGUAUUGUUAACUGUUCAUGCACAUGACCAACCCAUUAUUAGUAAGAAAAUUACUAGAUUGCUGAUGUCUUCGUAUUUUCCCACCAAAGUAUCAAUUGAAGAGGCAAGAUUUUGUGAAUUUGCUGCUUCAGAAGGGGCAUCUCUUAAGUCCAUUGUGGAACCUGUUCGAGCACUAAUCAAUUUGGUUUCGUCCUCUGCCGAGCUAGAUGCAAAUUACAUUGAUGGUUUAAUUCUUUCAGCUAAAUACCUAGGCGGCUGCAUUUCAAGAGAGCCAUGUUACAAGAUCGAUCUCAAAGAUUUGUUCACUGCUGAAAACUUGAAAUGCUUGGUCUCUGUAGCAGAAUCUGGGCGUGCUCGAUCUUCUUUAUUCAACAUUGUUUCCUCGUUCUCUCCUAAUGGUCUUACGGGUCUUCUUGAGGAGUGCAUGCAAUUAAUUACUAAUUGUCGUGGUUUAUCAGGAAACAUAGAAAAGCAAGCUGAAGUGAGGUCUGGCCAUAAGUUUUUCCAGGCUUGUGAUGCAUUGGAUGUUAUGUUCGAAGCCAUGGCAUUGAUACUAUAGAAAUCUGCUUAUCAUUGCUACAUUAAUUUUGGAACUGAUAUACCAAAGCUCAGUGUUUGAGCAGGCCAAAUUCUAUUUUCCCGCAUGGUUAUCAAUGGUUUAAAAGAUUGAACUUUUGGACAUGAGGGAAGAUUCUGCCGAGGAGAACAACGAUGACAGAUCUUUCCACGAACACGAGUUCUCCAUUUUUAAGAAAUUUCUGAAGAUGUUUGUCACAUUUCUAAAAAGAGAUCACCACAUCUUGGAUGCAGUUGGAGUGGUUUUUAUGGUUGGUUCAGAAAUUGGCUUGGGAAGAAGGAUUUUGGGCUGGUACUCGGACUUCUACAGUUUGUUUGCCGAAGCCUAUACAGUGCUGAGGACAGAGAGUGGGGGCAAUACGAUGUUGGCUUCUUUACAACGUAGAUAUCCUCAUGUAGAGAGGGAAACAGAACAAUGUAAUGGAGAGGGACGUCAUGAAUUAGAUAAGGCAAAGACUUUGCUUGAACCUAUAUGGUUGUACCACAUUUUCGAAACUGGUAAGCUUUCAAUGGUGACUGAAUAGACAAACAUUAUGUUCCUUUAUCUUUCAUUUUUCCUAUAAGAAAGUUACCCAUUAAUAGUGAAGCCAAGAGUGGCUAAAUCAGUAGAGCCUUAAAUUGGUCAAGUA